AAGAAGUUGGAGCAGGAGACACCUGAAAACAAUGCGUGAGAAGCAUCCUUACUAUAAUCUCACAGUAAAAAUCCUCCGAGCCAGAAACAUUAAAGGAACAGAUUUGUUGUCCAAAGCAGAUUGCUAUGUGGAAUUGAGUCUACCAACUGCAUCACCAAUCAUUUAUCGAACACAAGUUAUUGAUAAUUCGAGUGACCCAGAAUGGAAUGAAACUUUUCACUAUAGAAUUCACAAUGCAGUGAAGAACAUUCUUGAACUAAGACUUUUUGAUAAAGAUGUUCUCAUUAGUGAUGAACUUACUUCUGUCGUGUUUGAUGUGGCAGGGAUUGAACCAGGCCGUCCUCUGAAAAACACAUUCAAGUUAAAAGAGGAGAAAGAGGAGUUGGAUGUAGAGUUUUUUCUGGAAAAAAGUUUGGAUCCUCCUGGUGAAGUAAUCACAAAUAGAGCCCUUGUGGCUUAUCCUUGCCUUCACCUGCAAGGACUAAUCAACAAAGAUGAAAAGUCAAAGCUGAGUGAACAAGGAAGGAGUCAGUUCAAGCUUUCACUUCCAGGAGCUUAUGAGAAACAGUUGUGCAUCCCUUGCCAACCAGACUCUGAUCAGAAUUGUGCGAGCCCAUUUGUCUUUCAUGUAGGCAAAGAGAUGUGUACAGAAUUGGAUGUGGAAUUAGAACGAACUAUUACAGUCCUUCAGGAUGGAUUGAGUCCUGACUUUGAGAAGCAUAGCACAAUUCUUGGAUCAGGGACUGUUCCAUUUCAGUCACUUCCUCUGGGAAAGGAGGUUGACAUGACUGUUCCACUAGGAAAGGGCCUAAGUGUGGAUUUACAUGUGAAGGCUGAACAAAUUACAGGGGAUCUUGAUGUACGUCUUGGCUUUGAUCUAUGUAAAGAAGAGCGAAGAUUUUUGGACAAGAGGAAGGAAAUAGUCUCUCAAGCACUAAAGAGGACACUCAACUUGAGCGAGGACCCCAGUACAGAUGAGGUUCCUGUUGUAGCGGUGUUGGGAUCUGGUGGAGGCAUCAGAGCACUGACAUCAUUUUAUGGCAGCCUGUUUGGACUUCAGAAGCUAAAACUUCUGGACAGUGUCACAUAUAUUUCUGGAAUCUCAGGGUCCACAUGGUGUUUGUCAAUGUUGUACCAAGACCCGGAAUGGUCAUGUAAAGAUCUUGGAGGCCCAAUUAGUAAUGCCCAGGAAAAGGUGUCCAGCAGCAAAGUAGGCGCUUUUUCAUCAGAGAGACUGAAGUAUUACUUCCAGGAGCUGAAUACGAUGGAGAAUGAUGGACGGAAAGUGUCAUUCACAGACCUAUGGGGACUUAUUGUUGAGUACUUCCUGCAGCAGAAGGAGGAUCAGUCAAAACUGUCUGACCAGCAGGAAGUCGUGAAAGAGGGGAAGAAUCCAUACCCCAUCUAUGCAGCUGUCAAUGUGAGACCCAAUGUUAGUGGUGAUGACUUUGCAGAAUGGUGUGAAUUUACUCCCUAUGAGGUCGGAUUCCGCAAGUAUGGCGCUUUUGUCCGAACAGAAGACUUCGAUAGUGAGUUCUUCAUGGGAAGACUGAUUAAGAAAUAUCCUGAGCCCAGGAUCUGCUACCUGCAGGGGAUGUGGGGCAGUGCUUUUGCUGCCAGCCUGGAUGAUGUCUUUUUGAAGGUGGUUGGUUCAGGACUCAGCUUUCUCGAAUCUCUGAGUGAUGUUGUCAAAGUGGUUGAUGACUGUCGACGAUUUCAUUUUCGGGAUCCCAUGAGGUUGAAUACUCGCCUUGUUAUACCAGGUGGACUUAUGAUACAAAUUUUCCAGGAUUUCUUCAAGUCUCGUGUCACUGCUGGAGAAACUUUCAAUUUCAUGCAUGGCUUGUAUCUCCACAGAGAUUAUGUCAGCCUCAAUAAGUUUGUUGUCUCAAAAGGCACUCAUCUGGAUGCUUUUCCAAAUAUGUUGACUCCAAUGGAAGAGAAUCUGUACUUAGUGGAUGGUGGCUUUUCUAUCAAUUCUCCCUUUCCCUUGGUGCUCCAGCCAGAAAGAGAUGUUGACAUCAUCCUAUCAUUUAAUUACUCUUGGGAAGCACCAUUUGAGGUCCUGCAUUUGACUCAAAAGUACUGUGAAGAGCGGGAUAUUCCAUUUCCAGAAAUUGUCUUGAACAAAGAAGAUGAAGAAAAUCCCAAGGAAUGUUAUGUGUUUAUGGAUGCUGAGAACCCAAAGUCUCCCAUUAUCCUUCAUUUUCCUUUGGUUAAUGACACAUUCCACAAAUUCAAAGCACCGGGAAUAGAACGUGAAUUGGAAGAAGAUAAAUCCUUUGGUGAUUUUGAAAUUGGGGGAAAAGACUCACCGUAUCGGACACUAAACUUCACCUAUGAGCCCCAUGAAUUCAACAAACUGGUAGAAUUGAAUUGCUAUAAUGUACUGAAUAACAAGGACAGCAUUUUGGAAGCAAUACGUGUGGCUUUAAGCAGGCGAAAGCAAAAAAGUAGAAUGUCAAAAAUUCCUUGAAAAAUGGGUUGUGAAUGGAUUGCAGAGCUUUAUGUGAUGUUCAAGUAGGACUAAAAGACCCUGCAAAGUGUUCUUUUUACAUGCAUGGAUAUUGCACUAUUAAAUUCUCUAUAGAUUACACAUAAAACGUGCAUCCAUAUUCAGAGAAAACUGGCUUUUUCAUUUUUCUGAUGUUGUUUCUCUGAAGUAAGCAAAAGACAUAGUGAACAGACAUGGCAUCAGUCUUCCAGUAUUAAAGGGUCUAGUAUUUAAGUCUCAGCAUAUCCACCAGGAUAAAUAUUCUCUCUCCAAGUUGAGAAUUCAGGGACAUACCAAAUAUUGAGUGAUCGUGCACUUUUAUGGUAUACUUUUCAGCUACACUCUUGAACUGAAUCUCUUCCAGGGUGCAUACAGAUGCAAGACUCCUAGCAUCACCAGUGAGAAGGCCUUGUAUAGACAUUCCAUGCUUUCUUUCUUAAUGGAUUCUCUGCAGUAAAAGACAGGACAGAAAAAUUAGUGGAAAUAUGUGGGAGAUGGACAAACUGAAGAUGCCAUUGACUUCAGUAACCAGCUUCUGCAAAAUCCUGUGAAUGAAGCAGGGUGAUGCUGUCAUAAAAGCCUUGCCUGAAAGCACCCAUAGAAACAAAACUAGCCAGCAAGUGUUUUCUUUUUCUCUUGACAACCAUCAGAUUUUGUUGAGUUUUCCAGACGUGAUUUGAUAAUUGAAUCAUAAUGAAAAUUAUGAGGCUUUGUUCACUGAGCCUCAAAACAUAGGCACAGUUAAAUUUGCUGACAUUCUCGAUGUUAUUCAUUCUGAGCAAGAAAAAUAUCUGGGCAAUUUUUUUUUCCGACUUUGACAGCAUGUGCUUUGGAUUCUAGUGAAGUCACAAAUUAUCUUGUUCACUUAAUGUGAAACUAAGGCAUUUACAAUUUUAUUAAAGGGGAGGCUCUUUUAGCACCUCAAUUUUAAAAUUCUAGGCUUUGUCCUGAACUUGAUUUGCCAGUUUUGUACUUGCUAAAAUGUAGAGGCUGGAUAACAAACCUUUUUAUUUGUUCUUCCCUGAGAAGAUGAAUUUUUUCAGCAGGUGAAAGACGAAUGAAGAUUUUUUCUUUUUGGUCUCAUGGGGGCCUAGUUUCUUAAAAAAUCACUGGGGAAAAUCUCUAUACAGAGCUUACUUUCUCUACCCCAUAGUAACAGUGUUCAGCAAAAAUCUGCAAAUUUUUAAUAUUAUAAUACUGACAAACUCUCGUAUCACUAAUAAACAUGAAAUCCAGUUUAUGAAUGUAAGUUGCUGCUGCUGCUAGAAAUGAAAUGCAAUUAUUUCAUCUUGAAUGAUGUAAUUAAUUACUACACUGAUAACACCAGGUGAUCUAGCUAACACUGUUGCAUAUGGAGGACUUACUAUCUUAAGUAAUUGUUUUGAGUUUGAACCAUUGGGACAGAAAUCUUGUUCAUCCUUUUGAAAUUCACAGAAAAUGAUACUUUAUUUUUCACAAAGUUUUGCUUUAACUUUUGAAGAGAAAUGUAAAAUAGUACUUUUAUAUAUAAUAAAUAAAAUAACUCUUUAUAAAUAA